AUGCCUAAUUUCGACGAGUUACUAGACAAUGCAAAAAAGCCACUUUAUCCAACCUGCACAGAGUUCUCAAAGCUAUCAUUCAUAGUCAAGUUGCUUCACAUAAAGGCAGUUGGUGGUUGGACUGUGAAGUCGUUUGAUAUGGUUGUAAAGCUUUUGCAAGCAGCAUUUCCUGAGGCUCAGUUCCCUGCCUCAUAUAACGAGGAUCAUGCUGAUAAAGAUGAGUGCCCUAAAUGUAAUGCAUCUAGGUGGGCCUCAAGCACAACUAACCAAAAGAGGAUACCCCAAAAAGUCCUCCGCUAUUUUCCUUUGAAGCCACGGUUGCAAAUGUCAAAGAAGACUGCCCAAGCCAUGAGAUGGCAUGUAGAAGAGCGUGUUGAUGAUCCCAACUUCAUGAGACAUCCAGCUGAUUCUAGGGUAUGGAAAGACUUCGAUAACAAAUAUGAUUGGUUUGCCCAAGAUCCUCGUAAUGUCAGACUUGGUCUAGCAAGUGAUGGGUUCAACCCAUUCAAUAACAUGAGCAAACCGUACAGCAUUUGGCCAGUGCUACUUGUGCCUUACAACUUGCCCCCUUGGUCAUGUAUGAAAGAUCCAUACUUGAUGAUGUCGUUGUUAAUCCUCGAACCCAAAGCACCGGGAAAUGAUAUUGAUGUGUUCUUGCGUCCCCUAAUACAUGAGUUGACAGAACUAUGGGAAGAGGGAAUUCGUACGUAUGAUGCAUACAAACGAGAAUCGUUUCAAUUGAGGGCAGCAUUGCUCUGGACCAUCAUUGAUUUUCCUGCAAAUGCAAAUCUUUCAGGCUGGAGCACAAAGGGUAAGAUGGCAUGCCCUACAUGUAACUUAGAAACAGAUUCACUAUGGCUUGUGCAUGGCCGAAACAUUGUUAUAUGGGUCAUCGUCGGUGGUUGGUGCCAGAUCAUAGUUGGAGAAGGAAAAAAAAUACUUUUAAUGCUUUCUUACUGGUUAGAUUUGGGAUUGCGAUAUAACUUGGACGUCAUGCAUAUUGAAAAAAAUAUUUGUGAUUCAAUCCUGGGAACCUUGAUGAAUAUGGAAGGCAAAAGUAAGGACACCGCCAAUGCGCGUAGGGAUUUGGAAGAUCUUGGACUAAGAAAAGAAUUACAUUUACAGCAUAAUGGUAAUCAUACUUCUAUGAGUCUUGCAUGUUACAUGUUAAAUGUAACUGAGCGAAGGAGUUUUUUUGCACGUUUGUCAGAAGUCAAAUUUCCAGAUGGUUUUGCCUCAAAUAUUGCCUGGUGUGUCAACAUUACUGAAGGAAAAAUCAUGGGGAUGAAGAGCCAUGAUUGUCAUAUCUUUAUGCAAUAUUUGUUACCAGUUGUUAUUGGUGGGUACCUACGACCCAAUAUUAGGGGAGCUUUAAUAGAGUUCUGCUCCUUUUUCAAAGAAUUAUGUUCACGAACACUAGACAUAAUAGUGUUGCAACGGCUUCAAGCUAAUGUCCCCAUCAUUCUUUGCAAAUUAGAAAUGAUAUUCCCACCGGCAUUUUUCGAUAUCAUGGUGCAUCUUGCCAUUCAUCUUCCAGAUGAGGCAUUACUAGCAGGACAUGUUCAGUACAGGUGGAUGUACCCUUUCGAGAGGUAUCUGGGUAAGUUCAAGCGAUAUGUCCGCAAUAGAGCCCGUCCAGAAGGCUCAAUUGCUAAGGCAUAUGUUCAUGUCGAGUGCCUGACAUUUUUCUCUAUGUACCUUAAUGAUAUCGAGACUAGAUAUAACCGAGAGGAAUGGAACAUUGACUUGGUUGGGCAAACAUCUCAAGUGCCAAGUUUAUUUGUUUUCUCCCAAAAGAUUGCCGAGUUGCAUGCGAAGACUCCUCCUGAGGUGACCGAUGACAUAUAUGCAUUAGCAUGCGGUCCAGAUCCACUAAUUGCAUCAUAUGUCGGUUGUAUAAUGAAUGGAAUUCAGUUUCACACGAAGGAUCUCGAAGGGCAUCGCCGCUCCCAAAACAAUGGGGUUGUUGUUCAUGCCCACCAUGAAGGAUUGCCAAUUGACUUCUACGGUGUGUUGUAG